GGCAAGGCGGUUUCUGCUGGCCAGCCAGUGCUCUCUCUUGCAUCGGGACUUUGUCGUCUCCACCGCCACAACCGCCAUCAUGUGCGACUGUUUCCACCUGGCUUUCCCUAACUGGCACGGCGCACCCUCUGGCACAGGAGCUGGUCGCAGGCUGAGAGCGCCAGACCUCGGCUCGGAGGACCACUCGGCAUGUGAGGAGACGUCCCAUUUCACCGAGGGCGAAAGGCCACGCCCUCAGGGUUCGUCUCCUGUCGAAGAACACCCAGAGACGGAGAAAUAUAGCGACAGUGACAAGGAGGAGGAUGACCUACACUACAAGAAAGGGAGAGGAAAGAAGGCUAAAAAGUCUAGUUUUGGCUGUGGGUUUGACCGCCGUUCAACCUCAAAGAUGAGCAAACUGAAGGAAGCCUAUAGCCCAGAGUCUGGGAUGAUAGUAAAAACGGCCAAAGAUGGUGGUGCAGAAGGCCUUGUCUAUGCCGGAGGAGGUAAAGAGGGUAUCUUCAUAAAAGAAGUAGUACCAGAGUCACCUGCCUCUAAAAGUCUACAGCUGAAAGAAGGUGAUCAGCUGCUGAGCGCCACCGUGUAUUUUGACAAUGUUUCAUAUCAGGACGCCAUUCAGAUCCUGGAGCACGCUCAGGCUUACAAAGUGAAGCUCUGCCUAAAACGCAAACCCAACACCACAGAGACAGAGCCCCUCGCUGAAUCAGACAUCAUUCCUGAGGAUGAAACCUUCACUCCAGAGAUGCGAGAACAUGGGAAAUCCAAGAGACGAGGUGAUGCACGCAUUUCUUGGCCCAAGUUUCCCUCCUUAGGGAGAGGAAAGAAGUCCCGUUUUGCGAGGUCUCACAGUUCCUCAGAGGCUGAUGAGCAGAGGAAGUUAGAGCUGAGUCCUCCCACGAGCGACACAGAGUCUCCGAUAAAGACUCAGGAUGCUCUUAAAGGCAAGAAACGCCAUAAGAUGAAGCUGCCAUCUCUGACAAAGAGAGGCCGCAUUAGUUCAUCUGAAGAUCAGGACACGGACGCACCGACAACAGGCACACAAGAAGCCGCAGAACUGCUAUCACCCGAAGGCCUACAAAGCCCUGUAGGGGGAAGGCCUGACGUGCACAGUAUAGAGGAAAUGACGGUGGAAGAAGGUUUUGACUCAAGAGUGACCAAACCUUUAGCCAUUCAACACAAGGUGGAGCUGAUUGCUAUUGACAGCGCUUUGAAAACAACUGAUCUAACAGUAGCUCUGACAGGUAAAGAAAGUCCUACGGGACCACUGUCUCCAGAUGGUAAGAAGAAAAAGAAAGAAAGGUCUGAAUUAAAAAUGAAAAUGUUAGGUAAGGAUAAAUCACAAAAGAAAGAGGCAAAAGCAAAAUCACCUAAAAGAUUAAAAACACUUGGUGCAAGUUUAGAAAUAGCCGAUCAAAUUAUUGUGAAAGGUGAUCAGCCUGAGCACGCAACUCAGAUUGAACAGAAAUCUCCACUAAAAGGCAAAGCUAAAAAAAGAACACUCCUGCCCAAGCGCGAAGACAUUGAAAUUCCUGGUAUGGAGGAUGCGUCUGUAAGGACCAAAGUCAAAGGACACCAUGAUGAACUCCAAGAAACAGUUCAACUCUCAAUUGAUGUGGACAGCGUGAAAGAGGCUGUUUCAAAAUUGCCUGGAUAUAAACUACCUAAGGUCGAUAUGUGUGGCGUACCUAUUCCUGAAGAAAUCACUGUGAUAGAUGCCAACGCCCAAAGAAUAUCAGUAAAAACACCCACUAAAGUCGUUGACAGCAGAACAAAACAGCAGGCACCCAUCAGUAAGGCAGAAGACACUUCCACUCCAGAAUUAUCCAAGACUUUAUUCAAGCUACCAAAGGUCACGCCAGAUGACUUAACUUCCGAGGAAGUUCUAACUGUAACCCGGUUGGACCAGACAACUCAAGAGACAACGCAGGAGGGUGAAUAUGACAAGAAAUCAAAGACGACAAAGAUAGUUUUGCCAAGCGUUGGAUUCUCAAAAUCAGACUUUAAAAUCCCUGACAUAGGAAUGUAUUUGCCAAAACCAAAUAUUCUGGGACCAAAAGAUGACGAGAUGAAAGGAGAACGAACUAUAUUCCUACAAGAAGCAGAUGCCAAAAUGCAUGAAGCUGAAACAUCUGCUGUGACAGUUACGAGUACCGGUGAACUUGAAUACAUUGAUUCCGCUGAAUCCCCCGUUGAAAAGGAACUUGAUCGAAAAGCAAGUCCAUUCCAAAUGCCAAAAUUUGAAUUAUCACUGCCAAAAUUAAUAGGUCCAGAUAUUGAUUUAAGCUUGUCAAAAACUGAUGGAAAAGCCAAAUCACCUGAUGCUCCUCAAUUAGGUGCUUACAAGAAUAUUCCUGAAGAGAAGCAGGCAGUGGAUAUUGCUGCAUCACCCACAGAUCAGGAGGCAAAAGGACGGAGGUUUAAAUUGCCGCAGUUUGACUUCACGGUGCCGGAAAUCACUGGGCCACAACUCAAUGUCAACUUUUUCAAAAAGGAUACCGAUGGGAAAAAGCUAGAGCAGGAAUUUGUGGCCCAGCUCCCAGAAACUUCACAGGUGGAUCUAAGACCUGGAAAGGCUGAACUUGAUGGACAGGAAGGAGUAAAAACACCAAAAGUGGAAGAGCCUGAUGAUGAGUUCAAGUCAACAAAGAAAGAUGUUAGAGUUAAUCUGAAAGACACAACAAUUGAUAUUAAAAUUCCAGAUACCCCCAAAAUGGAUGCAAAGAUUGACAUAGAAAAACCUGAAUUACAAAUGCAAGCUUUGAAAUUUGAUGUCAAGCAUAGAGAGAAAUUCCAAAAUCUACCAGUAAAUGCCGGAGAAGUGAAUAUUGGGAUUGCUGAGGCAAAAUUUGAAGUACCUGAAAUAGAUACUGAGCCUUUGUAUGCUGAAAUUGAACAUAAAGGAGGAAAGUUUAAAAUGCCAAAAUUUGGCAUAUCCAUGCCAAAAGUUAAAGGACCAGAAAUUGAUUUCAAUAUAGCCAAAGCUGAUGUCAAAAUUCUUCAUGAGGACAAAAAAGAGCUUUUGGUAGAAGGUGAUAUUAAAACUGCAAAGAUUGAUGUUGCCGCAAAGGCUACAUCAUCACCAACAAAACUUUGGAGGCCAACAUUCAAACUACCAAAAUUCGGGGUGGUUUCUCCAAGUAUUUCUGUAGAAGUACCUGAAGGAGACAAAGAUGUCAAAAUUGAUGGGAAAAUUCCUGAGGAAGUUUUAGCAGUUAGCAUUGAACCACCAAGCAUUGACACAGAUCAGCCAUCAGUUGAGAUGACGAUGACUCAAGACGAACGUGACAAAAAAGGAAGCAAGUUUAAGUUACCCAGUCUUGGUUUUUCUGCGCCAGAGAUCAAGGGACCAAGUAUUGAUUUAAGUAUUCCAAAAAAAUCUUCCAAUGAAUACAAAGGUGAAAUUCACCUAUCUGGACCUGAACUGAAAGAAACCACUGACACAGUGGAAAUUAAAUCCCCUCAAAUUGAAAUUGAAAAAGGGAAUAUUCAAGGAUCACCAUCAAAAUUAAAACUACCAUCAGUGAAAUUUCCAAAAUUCACAUUGACAAGGCAAAGUAGCAAAGAAUCUGAAGCUGAGAUUGUUGGCCGUGAUGAUGACAUUCCUGUUCCAGAAGGAAAUUUAGAGGUCAUUCAACCAAAUGUUGAAAUUCAACCAUCAGCGGUUGAUGUAAAAAUAGAUGUGCAGGACAGUAAGAUCAAAAUGCCCAAAUUUGGCAUUUCCUUGCCAAAAGUAAAAGGCCCUGUUAUUGAUCUAACCUUAUCAGAGAAAGAUGGCAAAAUCAGACUACCAGAAGCCGAAGUUGAACUUCCUAAUGUUGAUAUCAAACUCCUAUCAGCUGAAGAGGAAAUGGAAGCUCCUAAAAUUGGAGUGCAACCAGGUAAUGUUGAAGGAACGCCGUCAAAAUUUAAACUACCAAAAGUGAAAUUUCCCAAACUUUCUUUAACACAGCAAAGUAGCAAAGAGUCUGAAGUUGAGAUUGGUCUUCCAGAAGGGAAAAUUGAACUUACUUCACCUGAAGUAGAGUUUCAAAAACCAGAAGUAGAUGUCAGUAUAGAUGGAAAGGAAAGUAAGUUAAAAAUGCCUAAGUUUGGUAUCUCAAUGCCAAAAGUAAAAGGACCAGACAUUGAUAUAAGUGUAUCAAAGAAAGACAGAGAGAUCAAACUACCAUCAGCUAAAGUAGAAAUUGAGGCACCAAAAAUUGAAGCACAACCAGGCAGUCUUGAGGGAUCUCCAUCAAAAAUUAAAUUACCAAAAGUGAAAUUUCCCAAAUUCUCAUUAACCAAGCAAAGUAGCAAAGAGUCUGAAGGAGAGAUUGGUCCCCCUGAUGUUUGUACUCCAGAAGGGAAAAUGGAAAUCACUUCACCUCAAAUAGAGUUUCAACCACCAGAGGUGGAUACCAGUAUAGAUGGUAAGGAGAAUAAGAUUAAACUACCGAAGUUUGGCAUCUCCAUUCCAAAAGUAAAAGGGCCAGACAUUGACUUGAGCUUAUCAAGGAAAGAUGGUGAGAUCCAACUCCCAGGAGCUGAAGUUGAGCUCCUAGAUGUUGACAUUAAUCUACCAUCUGCGAAAGUGGAAAGUAAAGCUCCUAAAAUUGAAGCACAACUAGGUAGUGCUGAAGGAUCACCAUCAAAAAUUAAACUACCAACAGUGACAUUUCCCAAAAUCUCAUUCGCCAAGCAAAGUAGCCAAGAAUCUGAGGUUGAGCUUGGUCUCCAAAAUGUUGAAGUUUCUAUUCCAGAAGGAAAAGUAGAAAUCACUUCACCUGAAGUGGCGUUUAAACCAUCAGAAGUUGAUGACAGUAUAGAAGGUCGGGAGAGGAAGUUUAAAAUGCCAAAAUUUGGCAUCUCAAUGCCAAAAAUGAAAGGACCAGAAAUAGAUAUAAGCUUAUCAAAAAAGGAAGGAGAUACUCGUCUCCCAGAAGCUGAAGUUGAACUCAUGGAUGUUGAUAUUAAACUUCCCUCUGCUAAAGUGGAAAUUGAAACUACUAAAGUAGAGGCACAACCAGGCAGUGUUGAUGGCUCGCCAUCAAAAUUCAAACUGCCAACAUUUAAAGUUCCCAAAUUAGGGGUGGCUUUACCACAGGUCAGUAUGGAAUUGGAUAAAGAUAACAAGAUAGAUGAAGCGGAUGCGAAAUCACCAGAUUUAGAGGUUGACGCAGAACUCCCUGAUGCUGACACAAAUGUUGAUAUCAAAAUGAAAAGGUCAAAAUUCUCAUUUCCCAAAUUCUCAUUAACAAAGCAAAGUAGUAAAGAAUCAGGAGUUGAGAUUGGUCUACCAGACAUUGAUGUUUCUACUUCAGAAGGUAAAGUGGAAAUCACUUCACCAAAAUUGGAUUUUCAACCAGCAGAAGUUGAUGUCAAUAUAGAUGGGAAGGAGAGUAAGUUUAAAAUGCCAAAGUUUGGCAUCUCCAUGCCAAAGGUAAAAGGGCCGGAUAUUGAUUUAAGCUUAUCAAAGAAAGAUGGAGAUUUCAAGCUUCCAGAAGCAGAAGUUGAUCUCCCAGAUGUUGAGAUGAAAUUACCAUCAGCUAAAGUAGAAAUUGAAGCUCCUAAAAUUGAAGCACAACAAGGCAGUGUUGAAGGAUCUCCGUCAAAAUUCAAACUACCCACAAUUUCAUUUCCCAAAUUCUCAUUAACUAAGCAAAGUAGCAAAGAAGCAGAAGUUGAGUUUGGUCUUCCAGAAGGAAAAAUGGAAAUCACUUCACCUGAAGUGGAGUUUCAAACACCAGCAGUAGAUGCUAGUAUAGAUGGGAAGGAAAGUAAGUUUAAAAUGCCAAAGUUUGGGAUCUCAAUGCCAAAAGUAAAAGGGCCAGACAUUGAUAUAAACCUUUCAAAGAAAGAUGGAGAAUUCAAACUUCCGGAAGCAGAAAUUGAAGUCUCGGAUGUUGAGAUUAAACUACCAUCAGCUGAAGUAGAAAUUCAACCUCCGAAAAUUGAAGCACAACCAGGCAAUGUUGAAGAAUCUCCGUCAAAAUUUAAAUUACCAACAAUCUCAUUUCCCAAAUUUUCAUUAAGUAAGCAAAGUAGCAAAGAGUCUGAAGUUGAGAUUGGUCUGCCAAAUGUUGAUGUUUCUGUUCCAGAAGGAAAAGUGGGAAUCACUGCACCUGGAGUGCAGAUUGAAACGCCAGAAGUAGAUGUAAAUAUUGAUGGUAAAGAGAGCAAAUUUAAGAUGCCAAAGUUUGGUAUCUCCAUGCCUAAAGUAAAGGGGCCAGAAAUUGAUAUAAGUUUAUCAAAGAAAGAUGGCGAGAUCCAACUCCCAGAUGCUGAAAUUGAGCUGCCAGAUGUUGAUAUUAACCUACCAUCGGCUAAAGUGGAAAUUGAAGCUCCCACAACUGAAGCACAACCAGGCAGUGUUGAUGGCUCGCCAUCAAAAUUCAAACUGCCAACAUUUAAAGUGCCAAAAUUAGCUGUGGCUUUACCACAGGUCAGUGUGGAAUUGGAUAAAGAUACCAAGAUAGAUGAAGCAGAUGUGAAAUCACCAGAUUUAAAGGUUGACGCAGAUCUUCUUGAUGCUGACACAAAUGUUGAUAUCAAAAUGAAAAGGUCUAAAUUCUCAUUUCCCAAAUUCUCAUUAACAAAGCAAAGUAGUAAAGAACCAGAAGUUGAGAUUGGUCUUCCAGAAGGGAAAAUGGAAAUCACUUCACCUGAAAUAGAAUUUCAACCACCAGAAGUUGAUGUCAGUAUAGAUGGUAAGGACAGCAACUUUAAGAUGCCGAAAUUUGGCAUCUCCAUGCCAAAAGUAAAAAGCCCAGACAUUGACAUAAGCUUAUCUAAGAAAGAUGGAGCGAUAAAACUCCCAGAUGCUGAAGUUGAUCUCCCCGAUGUUGACAUUAAAUUACCAUCAGCUAAAGUAGAAAUCGAAGCCCCAAAAAUUGAAGCACAACAAGGCAGUGUUGAAGGAUCUCCGUCAAAAUUUAAACUACCAUCAAUUUCAUUUCCCAAAUUCUCAUUAACUAAGCAAAGUAGUAAAGAAGCAGAAGUUGAGAUUGGUCUUCCAGAAGGGAAAAUGGAAAUCACUUCACCUGAAAUAGAGUUUCAACCACCGGAAGUUGAUGUCAGUAUAGAUGGUAAGGACAGCAAAUUUAAGAUGCCGAAAUUUGGCAUGUCCAUGCCAAAAGUAAAAAGCCCAGACAUUGACAUAAGCUUAUCUAAGAAAGAUGGAGCGAUAAAACUCCCAGAUGCUGAAGUUGAUCUCCCCGAUGUUGACAUGAAAUUACCAUCAGCUAAAGUAGAAAUCGAAGCCCCAAAAAUUGAAGCACAACAAGGCAGUGUUGAAGGAUCUCCAUCAAAAUUUAAACUACCAUCAAUUUCAUUUCCCAAAUUCUCAUUAACUAAGCAAAGUAGUAAAGAAGCAGAAGUUGAGAUUGGUCUUCCAGAAGGGAAAAUGGAAAUCACUUCACCUGAAAUAGAGUUUCAACCACCGGAAGUUGAUGUCAGUAUAGAUGGUAAGGACAGCAAAUUUAAGAUGCCGAAAUUUGGCAUGUCCAUGCCAAAAGUAAAAAGCCCAGACAUUGACAUAAGCUUAUCUAAGAAAGAUGGAGCGAUAAAACUCCCAGAUGCUGAAGUUGAUCUCCCCGAUGUUGACAUGAAAUUACCAUCAGCUAAAGUAGAAAUCGAAGCCCCAAAAAUUGAAGCACAACAAGGCAGUGUUGAAGGAUCUCCAUCAAAAUUUAAACUACCAUCAAUUUCAUUUCCCAAAUUCUCAUUAACUAAGCAAAGUAGUAAAGAAGCAGAAGUUGAGAUUGGUCUUCCAGAAGGGAAAAUGGAAAUCACUUCACCUGAAAUAGAGUUUCAACCACUGGAAGUUGAUGUCAGUAUAGAUGGUAAGGACAGCAAAUUUAAGAUGCCGAAAUUUGGCAUCUCCAUACCAAAAGUAAAAAGCCCAGACAUUGACAUAAGCUUAUCUAAGAAAGAUGGAGCGAUAAAACUCCCAGAUGCUGAAGUUGAUCUCCCCGAUGUUGACAUGAAAUUACCAUCAGCUGCAGUAGAAAUCGAAGCCGCAAAAAUUGAAGCACAACAAGGCAGUGUUGAAGGAUCUCCGUCAAAAUUUAAACUACCAUCAAUUUCAUUUCACAAAUUCUCAUUAACUAAGCAAAGUAGUAAAGAAGCAGAAGUUGAGAUUGGUCUUCCAGAAGGGAAAAUGGAAAUCACUUCACCUGAAAUAGAAUUUCAACCACCGGAAGUUGAUGUCAGUAUAGAUGGUAAGGACAGCAAAUUUAAGAUGCCGAAAUUUGGCAUCUCCAUGCCAAAAGUAAAAGGCCCAGACAUUGACAUAAGCUUAUCUAAGAAAGAUGGAGCGAUAAAACUCCCAGAAGCUGAAGUUGAUCUCCCCGAUGUUGACAUUAAAUUACCAUCAGCCAAAAUUGAAAUUGAAGCCCCCAAAACUGAAGCACAACAAGGCAGUGUUGAAGGAUCUCCGUCAAAAUGUAAACUACCAUCCAUUUCAUUUCCCAAAUUCUCAUUAACUAAGCAAAGUAGUAAAGAAGCAGAAGUUGAGAUUGGUAUUCCAGAAGGGAAAAUGGAAAUCACUUCACCUGAAAUAGAAUUUCAGCCACCGGAAGUUGAUGUCAGUAUAGAUGGUAAGGACAGCAAAUUUAAGAUGCCGAAAUUUGGCAUCUCCAUGCCAAAAGUAAAAGGCCCAGACAUUGACAUAAGAUUAUCUAAGAAAGAUGGAGCGAUAAAACUUCCAGAAGCUGAAGUUGAUCUCCCCGAUGUUGACAUUAAAUUACCAUCAGCCAAAGUUGAAAUUGAAGCCCCCAAAAUUGAAGAACAACAAGGCAGUGUUGAAGGAUCUCCGUCAAAAUUUAAACUACCAUCAAUUUCAUUUCCCAAAUUCUCAUUAACUAAGCAAAGUAGCAAAGAAGCAGAAGUUGAGAUUGGUCUUCCAGAAGGGAAAAUGGAAAUCACUUCACCUGAAAUAGAAUUUCAACCACCGGAAGUUGAUGUCAGUAUAGAUGGUCAGGACAGCAAAUUUAAGAUGCCGAAAUUUGGCAUCUCCAUGCCAAAAGUAAAAGGCCCGGACAUUGACAUAAGCUUAUCUAAGAAAGAUGGAGCGAUAAAACUCCCAGAAGCUGAAGUUGAUCUCCCCGAUGUUGACAUUAAAUUACCAUCAGCUAAAGUAGAAAUUGAAGCCCCCAAAAUUGAAGAACAACAAGGCAGUGUUGAAGGAUCUCCGUCAAAAUUUAAACUACCAUCAAUUUCAUUUCCCAAAUUCUCAUUAACUAAGCAAAGUAGUAAAGAAGCAGAUGUUGAGAUUGGUCUUCCAGAAGGGAAAAUGGACAUCACUUCACCUGAAGUGGAGUUUCAAACACCAGCAGUAGAUGUUACUAUAGAUGGUAAGGCGAGCAAAUUUAGAAUGCCGAAAUUUGGGAUCUCCAUGUCAAAAGUAAAAGGCCCAGACAUUGACAUAAGCUUAUCUAAGAAAGAUGGAGCGAUAAAACUCCCAGAUGCUGAAGUUGAUCUCCCCGAUGUUGACAUGAGAUUACCAUCAGCUAAAGUAGAAAUCGAAGCCCCAAAAAUUGAAGCACAACAAGGCAGUGUUGAAGGAUCUCCGUCAAAAUUUAAACUACCAUCAAUUUCAUUUCCCAAAUUCUCAUUAACAAAGCAAAGUAGUAAAGAAGCAGAAGUUGAGAUUGGUCUUCCAGAAGGGAAAAUGGAAAUCACUUCACCUGAAAUAGAAUUUCAAACACCGGAAGUUGAUGUCAGUAUAGAUGGUAAGGACAGCAAAUUUAAGAUGCCGAAAUUUGGCAUCUCCAUGCCAAAAGUAAAAGGCCCAGACAUUGACAUAAGCUUAUCUAAGAAAGAUGGAGCGAUAGAACUCCCAGAAGCUGAAGUUGAUCUCACCGAUGUAGACAUUGAAUUACCAUCAGCUAAAGUAGAAAUUGAAGCUCCAAAAAUUGGAGCACAACAAAGCAGUGUUGAAGGAUCUCCGUCAAAAUUUAAACUACCAACAAUUUCAUUUCCCAAAUUCUCGUUAACUAAGCAAAGUAGCAAAGAAGCAGAAGUUGAGAUUAGUCUUCCAGAAGGGAAAAUGAAAAUCACUUCACCUGAAGUAGAGUUUCAAACACCAGCAGUAGAUGUUACUAUAGAUGGGAAGGAAAGUAAGUUGAAAAUGCCAGGUUUUGACAUUUCCAUGCCAAAAGUAAAAGGGCCAGACAUUGAUAUAAACCUAUCAAAGAAAGAUGGAGACUUCAAACUUCCUGAGGCAGAAGUUGAAGUCCCAGAUGUUGAAAUGAAACUACCAUCAGCUGAAGUAGAAAUUCAACCUCCGAAAAUUGAAGCACAACGUGUCAAUAUUGAAGGAUCUCCGUCAAAAUUUAAAUUACCAACAAUCUCAUUUCCCAAAUUUUCAUUAAGUAAGCAAAGUAGCAAAGAGUCUGAAGUUGAGAUUGGCCUGCCAAAUGUUGAUGUUUGUGUUCCAGAAGGAAAAGUGGGAAUCACUGUAGCUGGAGUGGAGAUUGAAACACCAGGCGUAGAUGUAAAUAUUGAUAGUAAGGAGAGCAAAUUUAAGAUGCCAAAGUUUGGUAUCUCCAUGCCAAAGGUAAAAGGGCCAGAAAUUGAUAUAAGUUUAUCAAAGAAAGAUGGCGAGAUCCAACUCCCAGACGCUGAAAUUGAGCUCCCAGAUGUUAAUAUUAACCUACCAUCAGCUAAAGUGGAAAUUGAAGCUCCCAAAAUAGAGGAAAAACCAGGCAGUGUUGAUGGCUCACCAUCAAAAUUCAAAAUGCCAACAUUUAAAGUGCCAAAAUUAGCUGUGGCUUUACCACAGGUCAGUGUGGAAUUGGAUAAAGAUACCAAGAUAGAUGAAGCAGAUGUGAAAUCACCAGAUAUAAAGAUUGACGCAGAUCUUCCUGAUGCUGACACAAAUGUUGAUUUUAAAUUAAAAAGGUCUAAAUUCUCAUUUCCCAAAUUCUCAUUAACAAAGCAAAGUAGUAAAGAAUCAGAAGUUGAGAUUGGUCUACCAGACGUUGAUGUUUCUAUUCCAGAAGGGAAAAUGGAAAUUACAUCACCAAAAAUGGAUUUACAACCACCAGACAUUGAUGUCAACAUAGAUGGAAAGGAAAGUAAAUUUAAAAUGCCAAAGUUUGGCAUAUCCAUGCCAAAGGUAAGAGGGCCAGACAUUGAUAUAAGCCUAUCAAAGAAAGAUGGAGAAUUCAAGCUUCCAGAAGCAGAAGUUGAACUUACGGGUGUUGAAAUGAAACUACCAUCAGCUAAAGUAGAAAUUGAAACUCCAAAAAUUGAAGCACAACAAAGCAGUGUUGAAGGAUCUCCAUCAAAAUUUAAACUCCCCACAAUUUCAUUUCCCAAACUGUCAUUGACUAAGCAAAGUAGCAAAGAAACAGAUGUUGACAUUGAUCUUCCAGAAGGGAAAAUGGAAAUCACUUCACCAAAAAUGGAUUUUCAUCCAGCAGAAGUUGAUGUCAGUAUAGAUGGAAAGGAAAGUAAGUUUAAAAUGCCAAGGUUUGGCAUAUCCAUGCCAAAAGUAAAAGGGCCAGACAUUGAUAUAAGCUUAUCAAAGAAGGAUGGAGAAUUCAAGCUUCCAGAAGCUGAAGCCGAUCUUCCAGAUGUUGACAUUAAGAUACCAUCAGCUAAAGUGGAAAUUGAAGCUCCAAAAAUUGAAGCACAACCAGGAAGUGUUGAAGGAUCUCCGUCAAAAUUUAAACUACCAUCAAUUUCAUUUCCCAAAUUCUCAUUAACUAAGCAAAGUAGCAAAGAAGCAGAAGUUGAGAUUGGUCUUCCAGAAGGGAAAAUGGAAAUCACUUCACCUGAAAUAGAAUUUCAACCACCAGAAGUUAAUGUCAGUAUAGAUGGUAAGGAGAGCAAAUUUAAGAUGCCGAAAUUUGGCAUCUCCAUGCCAAAAGUAAAAGGCCCAGACAUUGAUAUAAGCUUAUCUAAGAAAGAUGAAGCGAUAAAACUCCCAGAAGCUGAAGUUGAUCUCCCCAAUGUUGACAUUAAAUUACCAUCAGCUGAGGUGGAAAUUGAAGCUUCAAAAAUUGAAGCUGGAUCGCCAUCUAAAUACAAGUUGCCAACAAUAAGAAUGCCAAAAUUAGGGGUGUCUUUACCACAGGUCAAUGUGGAAUUGGAUAAAGACAUCAAUGUAGAUGAACGAGACGUGAAAUCGCCAGGAUUAAAGAUUGAAGCAGAACCUCCUAAUGCUGAUACAAAUGUUGAUGUUAAAAUGAAAAGGUCGAGAUUCUCAUUUCCAAAAUUCUCAUUAACCAAGCAAAAAGGCAAAGAGUCACAAGUUGAAAUUGGUAUCCAAGAUGUUGACAUUUCUGCUACAGAAGGGAAAAUGGAAAUCACUUCAUCUGAAGUACAGUUUCAAUCACCAGAAUUUGAUGUCAGUUUGGAUGGUAAGGAGGGUGAAUUUAAAAUGCCAAAGUUUGGCAUUUCUAUGCCACAAAUGAAAGGACCUGACAUUAACAUCAACUUAUCAAAUAGGGAUAGAGAAAUCAGUCUUCCAGAAGCUGAGGUUGAACUACCAGAUGUUAACAUUAAACUACCAUCAGCUAAAGUGGAAAUUGAAGCUCCUAAAAUUGAAGCGCAACCAAGAAGUGUUGAAGGAUCGCCAUCAAAAUUUAAACUGCCGACAAUCUCAUUUCCCAAAUUUUCAUUAAGUAAGCAAAGUAGCAAAGAGUCUGAAGUUCAGAUUGGUCUACCAGAUGUUGAUGUGUCUAUUCCAGAAGGAAAAGUGGGAAUCACAGGACCUGAAGUGGAGUUUGAAACACGAGAAGUAGAUAUAAAUAUUGAUGGUAAGGAGAGCAAAUUUCAGAUGUCAAAGUUUGAUAUCUCCAUGCCAAAAAUGAAAGGUCCCGAUAUUGACAUAAACUUAUCAAAGAAAGAUGGUGAGAUCAGACUUCCAGAAGCUGGAGUCGAUCUUCCUGAUGUUGACAUUAAACUACCAUCAGCUCAGGUGGAAACUGAAGGCGCAAGCAUUGAAGCUAAACCUCAAAGUGUUGAAGGGUCGCCAUCAAAAUUCAAACUGCCAACAUUCAAAUUACCAAAAUUAGGGGUGGCUUUGCCACAGGUCAGUGUGGAAUCGGAGAAAGAUAUCAAGGUAGACGAUGAUGAUCUAAAAUCGCCAGAAUUAAAGGUUGAAGCAGAACUUCCUGAAAAUGACACAAAUAUUGAUGUCAAAAUGAAAAGGUCGAGAUUCUCAUUUCCCAAAUUCUCCUUAACCAAGCAAAGUAACAAAGAAUCUGAAGUUGAGAUCGGUUUACCACAUGUUGUUUCUAUUCCAAAAACGAAAAUGGAAAUCACCUCACCUGAACUUGACCAUCAAACACCAGAAGUUGAUGUCAGUAUGGACGGUCAGGAGAGCAAGUUUAAGAUGCCACAGUUUGGCAUCUCCAUGCCAAAAAUGAAAGGUCCUGAUAUUGACAUAAACUUAUCAAAGAAAGAUGGCAAGUUUAAACUCCCAGAAACUAAAGUUGACCUCCCGGAUGUUGACAUGAAACUAUCUUCAGCUAAUGUGGAAAUUGAAGCUCCGAAAGUUGAAGCAAAAUCGGGCAGUGUUGAAGGGUCGCCAUCAAAAUUCAAACUACCAACAAUCUCAUUUCCCAAAUUUUCACUACCCAAGCAAAGUAGCAAAGAGUCUGAAAUUGAGAUUGGUCUCCCAGAUGUUGAUAUUUCUAUUCCAGAUGUUGAUGUUUCUAUUCCAAAAGGUAACGUUGUAAUCACCUCACCUGAGGUAGAUUUUCAAACACCAGAAGUUGAUAUAAAUAUUGAUGGUAAGGAGAGCAAAUUCAAGAUGCCAAAGUUUGGUAUCUCCAUGCCAAAGGUAAAAGGGCCAGACGUUGACAUAAGCUUAUCAAAGAAAGACAGCGAGAUCCAACUCCCAGAAGCUGAAGUCGAACUCCCAGAUGUUGACAUUAAGCUACCAUCAGCUAAAGUGGAAAUUGAAGCUCCCUCAACUGAAGCACAACCAGGCAGUGUUGAUGGGUCGCCAUCAAAAUUCAAACUGCCAACAUUCAAAUUGCCAAAACUAGGGGUGGCUUUACCACAGGUCAGUGUGGAACUGGAGAAAGACGUCAAAGGAGAACAUGCAGACUUAAAAUCACCAGAGUUACUGGUUGAAACUAACGUUCCUGAUUUUGACACAAAUGUUGAUGUCAAGAUGAAAAGGUCUAAAUUCUCAUUUCCAAAAUUUUCCUUAACUAAGCAAAGUAGCAAAGAAUCUGAAGUUGAGAUUGGUAUACCAGACGUUGAUGUUUCUGUUCCCGAAGGGAACGUGGAAAUCAGUUCGCCUCAAGUGGAGUUUCAGCCACCAGAAGGUGAUGUCAGGAUAGAUGGUCAGGAGAGCAAAUUUAAAAUGCCAAAGUUUGGCCUCCCCAUGCCAAAAGUAAAAGGGCCAGAGAUUGAUAUAAGCUUAUCGAAGACAGAUGGUGAGAUUAAACUGCCAGAAACUAAAGUUGAGCUCCCGGAUGUUGACAUUAAACUACCUUCAGCUAAUGUGGAAAUUGAAACUCCAAAAAUUGAAGCAAAAUCAGGCAGGGUUGAUGGGUCACCAUCAAAAUUCAAACUACCAACAAUCUCAUUUCCUAAAUUUUCAUUAACAAAGCAAAGUAUCAAAGAUGCAGAUGUUGAGGUUGGUCUUCCAGAAGGGAAACUGGAAAUCACUUCUCGUGAAGUGGCAUUUAAAACACCAGAAGUUGAUGUCAAUAUAGAUGGUCAGGAGAGUGAAUUCAAAAUGCCAAAGUUAGGCAUCUCUGGGCAAAAAGUAAAAACACCAGACAUUGAUAUAAACUUAUCAAAGAAAGAUGGAGGGAUCACACUUCCAGAAGAUGAAAUGAAUGUCCCUGAUGUUGGUAUUAAACUACCAUCAGCUCAGGUGGAAAUUGAAGGUGCAAGCAUCGAAGCUAAACCUGGUAGUGUUGAAGGAUCGCCAUCUAAAUUCAAACUACCAACAAUUAAACUGCCAAAAUUAGGGGUGGCUUUACCUCAGGUCAAUGUGGAAUUGGACAAAGACAUCAAGGUUGACGACGCAGACCUAAAAUUGCCAGAAUUAAAGGUUGAAGCAGAUCUUCCUGACACUGACACAAAUAUUGAGGUCAAAAUGAAAAGGUCUCGAUUCUCAUUUCCCAAAUUUUCACUAACCAAGCAAAGUAGCAAAGUAUCUGAAGUUGACAUUGGUCUUUCAGAAGGAAAAACAGAAAUGACUUCACCUGAAGUGGCAUUUCAAACCCCAGAAGUUGAUGUCAGUAUAGAUGCCCAGGAGAGCAAAUUUAAAAUGCCAAGGUUUGGUGUCUCCGUUGAAAAAAUGACAGGACCUGACAUUGAUAUAAGCUUAUCAAAGAAAGACGGAGAGACCAAACUCCCAGAACCUCAAGUUGAACUCCAGGAUGUUGAUAUCAAGCUACCAUCAGCUAAAGUGGAAACGGAACCUCCUAAAAUUGAAGUGGAACCAAAAAGUGCUAAAGGAUCUCCAUCAAAAUACAAGCUGCCAACCAUCUCAUUUCCCAAAUUUUCUUUAACCAAACAAAGUAGCAAAGAGACUGAAGUGGAAUGUGGUAUUCCAGAUGUCAAUGCUUCCAUUCCAGAAGGAAAAUUGGAAAUCACCUCACCAGAAGUGGAGUUUCAAACGCCAGACGUAGAUGUCAAUAUAGAUGUUCAGGAGAGCAAAUUCAAAAUGCCAAAGUUUGGCAUUUCCAUGCCGAAAGUAAAAGGACCGGAAAUUGAUACAAACUUAUCAAAGAAAGAUGUUGAGAUCAGACUUCCAGAAGCUGAAGUUGAACUCACAGAUGUUGAAAUUAAGCUACCAUCGGCGCAAGUAGAAAUAGAAGGUCAUAAGAUUGAAGCUCAACCAAGUAGUGUUGCGGGAUCUCCAUCCAAAAUUAAACUGCCAACAGUAAAAUUCCCUAAACUUGGAAUUUCUAAACCAAAGUACAGUGUUGAAAUACCCGAUACAGACAACAAGAUUGUAGACUCUGACGUGAAGUUUGGGGUACCGGAACAGGAAGGUACAGUAAAGGUUACAACACCAAACGUUGACAUGGGAAACAUAUCUGUUGAUUUUGAAAGUACUGAACUGGAAGGAUCAGGAAUCAAGUUUAAAAUGCCGAAGUUUGGAGUCUCCUUGCCAAAAGUGAAAGGGUCAGUCACUGAUGUCAGUUUAUCAAAGACAGAUAAAAGAAUAGAAGAUAUCACACUCACAGAAGCUGAAGUUGAGCUCAAAGAUGUUCCGUCUAUGAAAGUAGAAACAGACACUCCUAAAAUUGAAGGAAGUGUAACGACAUCUCCUUCAAAAUUCAAAUUACCAACAGUGAAAUUUCCCAAAAUUUCACUAUCUAAGCAAAGUACCAAUGAGAUUUCCCUUCCAAAUGUUGAUGUUUCUAUUCCUGAAGCAAAAGUGGAAAUCAGUCCACCUCAAGUCGAGUUUCAACCAUCAGAAAAACACGAUGAGCCUGAGAGUACGAUUAAAAUGCCAGAGGUUGACAUAUCACCUCCGAAAGUUAAAGGCCAUGACAAUACAGCCUUAUCAAAGAGAGUUGGCGAAUUCACACUCCCAGAUGUUGAAAUGAAACAACCAUCUGCUAAUGUGGAACUAGAAGGAGCUAAAAUUGAAACUCAGGCAGGAUCACCAUCAAAAUUCAAAUUACCAUCUUUCAAAUUGCCUAAAUUUGGAGGUUCUCCAUCAAAGAUUCACGCUGACGUGGCUAAUAUAGACCAAGACAUUGAAACUGAUGGCAUUAAGCUGGAGAUACCUGACGAUGAACCAAAGCUGGUUGCUCCAACAGCCAGCACUGAACCUGAAGGAGUGUCUUUGAAAGUGACUAGAGAAGGUGGAAUUGAAGGACCAGGAAUCAAACUAUUACCAGAUGUUGACGCUAAGAUCAAACUGCCAGACAUUGAACACCUGAAUAGCAUUUCAGGCCUGGAAUUACCAAAGGCUGAGGCCGAAGUCAAGCUGAGCAAAGGCCCAGAGAAUAAUGUUGUGAGUCCCGUCUCUCCAAGCAAAUUCAAACUGCCAUCCUUCAAAAUGCCAAGGCUGACCUUAUCACCCCAAAAACCAGAAGGCCAAAGUGUGUCACUUGACACAGAACAUAAAGUCAGUCAACUAGAGAUGAAAGCUGAACUGAAUGGAGAUGCUCAAUCACCACAAGCCACUCUCACAUCAACUAGUGUUGUCUUAAGAAACCUUGAAGCUGAUUUGGAUGUGGCAAAAAUUGAACGAGUAGAAGAACAUUCAGAUGCCGCCAAGGAAGUAAAAGACACAAACGACAAACAAACUAAGCAAAAAGCUACCAAAAGUCCUGAACGGACGGGAUGGUUUAGGUUUCCAACAUUUGGACUCUCCUCACCUGUAGAAUCUGCUAAAACCCCUCCAGGAGUUGAUCAGAAGGAUCAAAUGAGCCCAACAAGAGAACGUGAGGAGGACAUGAGCCCAACAAGUUCAGUGCAGUCAUCAGACGUCUUUGCUGACAUCAGUUCAACAGUCACAAGCGAGUAUGUUAGCUUGCCCUCAUCUUCUCCGACCAAGGUGAUGGUCAAAUAUUCCGAUCAGAACUUACCUCCAGAUCUCAGUGAAACGAAUGUCGUGAUGUCUACUGCCAGAUCGGAGCUUAUCACUGUCGAGCCAAAUUUACCCGAGAAGAUUACCCUCCUAUCGACUGAGGUCUCAUCUUCCUCUGAGGAAACUCUCAGACUGGCGUCGGGGAAAAUCCAUGUCUUUACGUCUAAGCAAGCAGGCCCUGAAUCACAUCACACUAAACUUCUGUCCACAGUCCAGUCGACCGGUGAGGCUAGCCAAAUGUCGUCAUCGUGGAAAGUUGAGAGUUCUCAGAGUAGUGUGAGAACUGUCUCGCAGAAACGGAUUGUCCGCGAAACAUCACGCGAAAGCACGGAGACAUUCGUAAUUACCAAACAGAUAACCAAAACCUUCGACCCGGCCGAGUUCUUCUCUGAGAACGAGACGGCUUCGUCUAUACAGAGGCUCCGAGAAUCUGUUCACUCUGAAAAAAUGAAAUUUUUCGAUGGUGCUGAAAAGUGAGGUGCUAGCAAAAUUAACUUCAAAACUCAAAAAUUAGAAGCAUUGUCUGUGUUUUAGUCGACAUUAGGUAUUAACUCAUUUACUGCCACUGACAGCAACAAUCCAAUCCGUUUUGGCAAUAAUCAAACAAUAUUCAACUAUAUAUUGAAUUUCGGGCUGAUUAUGUUUCAGUGCAAUUGACGGCAAUAGAAGUCCAAUCUAUUUGUACUCAGAGGGACCAGCAUCGAUCAAACGAUUAAUGCCAGCCCCUCUGAGUCAAAAUAGAUUGGACGGCUAUCGCUAUCAAUACAAACUAAUGCGAGCGAUUGAGUUCAUUUCAGUUUUAUAACGGGUAAAAAGCCAAAACUAAUGUCAAUGUAAAGAACAGCUUUUUUUAAAAGCGGAUCUGGUUUGACUAUCUCCAUCAAUGGUAGCCAAUGAGUUAAUUGAACCUCUAGCUGCAUGUGGCUGAGUAAAGAGAGACAGACAAGCGUCGUUGGCAGAGGAAAGUGUUAAUAAGCUACUGUACGUAUUUAAGUGUCUUAUGACUGGGCGUCCGAAAAUAUGCUUACAAGUGGAUACAGAAAAAGUUUAAUCGCAGCGUUUGUGCGCCAACAAUCAGGCUUUAGCAAAAUGAAUGUUUACGAUAGUGCAGUGUAUGUCAUGAAAAAAAACAACAACGUGUGUAUAUCUAUUCGCUGAGGUAUUCUUGUUGCUACAGUAAAGAAAGUUACGACCCAAAAAAUAUGUACGAUUUUAACUAUAUUUUUGAGUAAUAUUUUUGCUUAAACCUCAUUUGCUAAAGUACAAGGUAUACUAUAUACUGUAUGUAUUAGCAGCACAUUCUCAGCCAGUGUGAAUAAUAAUAAUAAAACUGUCUAUGUAAAUAGCUUUUAAUUACCAAUGAACUAUUCCAUGUGCUUUAACUCCAAAUGUUUGCAAUAUACACAUAAAUAAAAUACAUAUUACAACAAGUCAAAGCAUGUUUGAAGAGUAUAAUGUCUUACCCCACGACACAUUGAUGAUGCAAGGUCAGAGUUCUAGGUGAGUUCUUCUACAUCAAACUCAUUCAUACGUGCCUUUGAAAAGAAAAAUUGCAUACAUCACAUAAGUACAUAAAAUAAAGCGGAUAAAAUUACUUUUUAAAGAUGGUUAUGAUACAAAUAGUUGUGAGCAUAGAGUUCAUGACCAACUAACAAGUGUGUAAUAAAAACAAAAACAUUUAAUUAAUAAUAUUGUUUUAUUAUUCAUUCAUCCUCAUGAGGGUCACAGGGAAGCUUGAGCCUAUCAGUUAACUAUGGGCAGUAGGGAGCGUACACCCUGAAUCAGUUGCUAGCCAAUCACAGGGCGUGAGGAGACAAACAGCCAUUCACGCACACACUCAUACCCAGGGACAAUUUGGAGUGUUCAAUCAGGCUACCAUGCGUGUUUUUGGGAUGUGAGAGGAAACCAAAGUACCUGAAGACAACUUCAAGAGGGUUGCAGGGGUGCUGGAGCCUAUCCCAGCUAGCUAAUAGAGGUAGGCAGGGUACACCCUGAAUCGGUUGCCAGCCAAUCGCAGGGCGCAAGGAGACAAACUGCCAUUCACCCACACACUCACACCUAGAGACAAUUUGGAGUGUUCAAAGAGCCUAACAUGCAUGUUUUUGCGAUGUGGCAGGAAACCAGUGUAAAGGUGCAACAAUUGAUCGAUUAAUCGACAACUAAUCCAUUAGCAAAUUAAUUGAUUUUGAUGACCAGUUAAUCAUUUAGGACCUUCUUCAUCUUGAACAUGUCUAAAUUGGUGAAAUAUAUAACAUAUAUAUUAGGGCCGAACGAUAUUAGAAAAAACUUAUAAUGCGACUUUUUGGGGUUUACAAUAUUAGAGGUAGAAUUUUCACCAGAUGACUUGAAUGGCUCUGUUUGGGAAGACUUAGGUUGACUCACCAUGUUUUUGUAUUAGUGUAUUAGUGUAUUGCAUUCAGGAUUUUAUUAGAUCAUUUUUCCUGAGUUUCCCCCUUGUUUUUCUCAUUUAUCCUUGUAUUCUUAUUUUUUUUCUUUAUACAAUUCAUCAUAUUAUUUAUUUUACAGGCAUGAAAAUGGGUCAGGGGUUAAAAAGGUGAGAAGGGUUUGGAGGAAAUAUGUUCCCGUACACUGUACAACUAGGGUUGUCCCAAACGACUAAUUUUCUCCCGAUUAGUCAGGCGACUAUUUUUACAAUUAGUCGACUAAUCUAAUAAACCCCCACUUAUUAAUUCACAAAAUAUUUGGAACACUUAAAUUCUUUAUUAAAGUACAAAUAAACACGUAAAUAACAACAAUAAAUCACAAAUAAAACAAUGAGGUCGAAUGCUAAUAGCAUUAACUAGUGCAAAAGAAUGGAAUGUAAACAGAUUCAGAACACUGAGUUCGCCUUUCCAACAUGUUUUAAAACAAUUCUUACAAAAAAUAUCUAGCAUUAAUAUUAUAGUAUACUACUAUAUACAUAAUAGUAUUAUAAUCAUUGGCAAUCUGAUUUUUCAAGAAGGGUGUCUUUUAAAGCUAUUCUUAGUGUAGAAUCUGAAUUCUGAAGUGAAUGUGGGAAUAACUCCAGAAAUCGUUACUUAUAUGACAAACAUGACAUGUUUUCAUUUUGAAAUGUUCACCGGAAGUACGUUCGUUAUACCGCUAACAAUAAGCUUUACACUACGCAAAAAAAAAGAAGCUGUUUUUGUCAUUGCAUGUGGUGUCAGUAAUCAAUUUUUUUCAUUUGCAAAUGCUGUUAAUCAGUGAUGUUUCAUGUUUGAAGUGUCACCUUUAAACUACAAGUUUGCGUUUUGGAGAAGACUGCCAAUGUUUUAUAGCAGGCUAAAGUAGGUUGCCUUUUUCUCCCCAUUAGCCUCAAUGUAGCAAUGCUAACGUUUUCAGUGUUUAAUAUAGA